AUGGCGGCCUCGGUCACGUCCAAGAUGGCAGCGAGGGCUGGCGGAGGCCUCUUCAGCCGCGAACAGUCGGGCAACGUGCCCACGAUGCGAGGACUGGUCUCGUUCAUCGCUGAUCUGAGAAAUGCCCGCGCGAGAGAACUGGAAGAGAAGCGCAUCAACAAGGAAUUGGCCAACAUACGGCAAAAGUUUCGAGAUGCCGGCCUGAAUGGCUACCAGAAGAAGAAAUACGUCUGCAAGCUUCUAUACAUUUACAUACUCGGUUGGAACGUCGAUUUCGGACAUCUCGAAGCGGUGAACCUCAUCUCGGCGACCAAAUACUCGGAAAAGCAGAUUGGAUAUCUCGCCGUUACCCUAUUCCUACACGAGGAGCACGAACUUCUACACCUGGUCGUUAACAGCAUCAGGAAGGACUUGCUGGAUCAGAAUGAGCUCAACAACUGUCUGGCGCUGCAUGCGAUUGCGAACGUGGGUGGAAAGGAGCUGGGAGAAGCACUAAGCGCUGAAGUUCACAGACUUCUCAUAUCACCGGCCUCCAAGGCAUUUGUGAAGAAGAAGGCGGCUCUCACACUCCUGCGGCUAUACCGGAAACACCCUGCGAUUGUACAGCACGAAUGGGCCGAACGUAUAAUAUCGCUCAUGGACGACCCUGACAUGGGCGUGGCGCUUUCGGUAACCUCCUUGGUCACCGCACUCGUCCAGGACAAUACCGAGCAGUACAAGGGAAGCUACAUCAAAGCAGCAAACAGGCUAAAGCGGAUAGUCGUGGACAACGAGUGUGCCGAAGGCUACUUUUACUACAAGGUGCCAUGUCCGUGGAUUUUGGUCAAGCUGCUCAAGUUGCUGCAGUACUACCCACCUCCCGAGGACUCACAUAUCCGGAAAUUGAUUCGCGAAGCGCUCCAAAAGAUUAUGGACUCCGCGCUGGAAAUGCCCAAGAACGUACAGCAGAACAACGCGCAGAAUGCCGUCCUGUUCGAAGCGAUCAAUCUCGUAAUACACCUCGACACAGAGCAAGAUCUGAUGGUUCAAAUAUCGCAACGGCUGGGCAAGUUCAUCGCAUCUAGGGAAACCAACGUGCGCUAUCUAGGACUGGAGGCCAUGACGCAUCUGGCUGCCCGAUCUGAGAACCUCGACCCGAUUAAGAAGCACCAGGCAAUCAUCAUCGGAUCGUUAAGAGACAGGGAUAUCAGUGUGCGAAGACAAGGUCUGGACCUACUAUACAGCAUGUGCGAUCCGACGAAUGCACAAGCGAUCGUGAACGAACUCCUCCGAUACCUGCAAUCCGCCGAUUACGCGAUACGAGAAGAGAUGGUGCUGAAGAUUGCUAUUCUCACAGAGAAGUACGCUACGGACGUUCAAUGGUACGUGGACAUCUCGCUGCGGCUGAUCGCAAUGGCCGGAGACCAUGUCAGCGACGAAGUUUGGCAGCGAGUUAUCCAGAUCACGACAAACAACGAGGAGCUACAAGUGUACGCUGCGCAAACGAUCCUACAGUACAUCAAGUCGGACUGCCACGAGACGCUUGUGAAGAUUGGCGGAUACCUGCUUGGAGAGUUUGGCCACUUGAUCGCGGAUAGCAAAGGUUGUAGCCCAAUCGAGCAGUUCAUGGCGUUGAGCGCGAAGAUGCGGGGUUGCUCGUCAACUACACGGGCAAUACUCCUAUCAUGUUACGUCAAAUACGUGAACUUAUUCCCCGAAAUCAAGCCUCAGCUCCUUCAAGCUUUCCGCGCCUACAGCCAUUCGCUCGAUUCCGAACUUCAGCAAAGAGCAUGCGAAUACCUCACCCUCGCCACCAUGCCCACGGACGACUUACUACGCACCGUAUGCGACGAAAUGCCGCCCUACCCAGAACGGACGUCAGCGUUGCUUUCGCGGUUACAUCAAAAGCAUGCCACCACCAGUGAUAAACGAACAUGGGUCAUUGGAGGUAAGGACGCGAACGCAGACCUCAAAGAGUUCGGUCUUGCAAGGCAGAACACGUCUGCUGGCGUCAAGAGAAGCUUUACAGAACCCGUACCAAAAGACGGCAAGACUGACGCGACGAAUGGCAACGGUGUCACCGCGAUAUCAAGCGAUUUGGAGGGUCUGGAUCUCAACAUCGAUGUGAACAAGACUUCCAAAGCACCGAACCUCGCCAGCGCUGCUCAUUUGAGUCCUGACUGGGAGGUUGGAUACACCCGUCUCCUACUACGGUCAGAGGGCGUACUCUACGAAGACCAGCAAAUACAAAUUGGUCUCCGAACAGAAUACAGAGGACAACUCGGCGCGCUCAUUUUCUACUUCACGAACAAGUCACAGUUCUCCAUGGGGUCUUUCACAACCACACUCGACAACAGGUCAGCGGAAACCUUGAAAACAGAUAUCAAGGGUUUACCAGACACUACAAUUGCACCCGAAGGCCAAACGCAACAAACUAUCAUGUUCGAAUGCAAGAACGUCUUCAUCGACCCGCCCACCAUCCGCAUAUCUUACCUUGCCGGAGCCCUACAGGGCCUGACCCUCCAGCUCCCCGUCCUCCUACACAAGUACAUGGAAGGCGCCGAACUCAGCGCAGAAGACUUUUUCAAGCGCUGGAAGCAGAUUGGUGGCGCGCCGCGUGAACACCAGAGUAUCUUCGGUCUCGUGAACAAGAACAGAACUAUGGACUCGGAAUUUGUUCAAAAAGUGGUUAAAGGAUUCAAGUGGGGGAUCGUCACGGGCGUGGAUCCUAAUGUAAAGAAUAUUGUUGGUGCGACGGUGCUGCAUAGCAGUGAGGGCAAGUUUGGAUGUUUGUUGAGGCUGGAACCGAACUUUGAGACGCAGAUGUACCGGAUUACUAUUCGUGCGACUGACGAGUCGGUUCCGCCUGUCUUGGUCAAGGCUAUGCAAGAUCGACUUUCGCAGGGUAUCGAGGGAAUGGCCUAG